CUAAUUUAAUGCGCGCUAGAUUUCGGUACAGCUGAUAUCUUGUCGCGUAUACGUUUUCACUUUGAAUUUCAGUAUCUCAAUGAUGCCAAAGUAUUCCAGCAGUAAUCCACAAAGCCGUGAGUAAAAUCAUGACAUAUUAGGCAAUGUCAGAUGAGUUUGCUUAUUCAAAAUGUCGACACAGUAUAAAACCACGAAAUCCGUUCACAAAGACAUGUAGUGAACUACAUCCUGUAUGUAUAAUAUAUGUAUACCAGAUAAUAAACAACAAUCUGUCAAAUUUUUUUAAACACAACUACAUGCCAUUCACAUUUCUAAGUGGUAACACGAUGAUUUUGUUGGGUUAAUCAUGAAUCAGAUGUUACUGUAUAGUACUUGCACUUUGGUCUUUCUUGUGGCCUAAAAAUCCUCUCAAGUAUUCUUGCGACCAAUUGCUUAGACAUGGAGUUUUAUCCCGUAGAUUUUGCAUGCGUUUUCAUGUCUACGAUUGUUUUGACAAUAGUCCAAAAUGACAAAUUACUCAUUAGAGUACACUUGAUAUAAUCCAUUGAAACUCCUGAAUAAGUUACCCUCUCCAUUCAGACUAUUUAUAUUCAGACCCUAGUGAUGAGCUUGCCAAUAAUCUCAUAGAUUGUCUUUAAAUGCCAGUCUUGUUGUUGCUAGUGCCUGAUAUAAACUAACGAAGAUCCCGCCUGUUGUUUGAUUCAGUCACCCUUUACAUCUAAGUAAUGUGUAUUCAACAAGCCUUGUUAUCUUUGCAUAAUAAAAAGUUUACUCAGCAAGUGUAUAGGGGUGAUAUGCUUUUAGUUUAUGUGGUUCAGUAAUUAUACCAAUCUUUUCUAGAUUUUAUUAUUGCACAUUACAUAAAUAUCUUUCACUGGUUUGAAGUAUGCGGUAAUCCCUUUUAUUGAGUCAUAAACAAGUUUGUUGUUAUGUGUACUUGGCAAACGUAGUAGGCUUAACAUCAGACUCCUUUGCAGUGUAGAGUAACAUUAAUUGGUUGAUGACCAUGAAGCCUUACGGGCUAUUCCUGUGUCAAAUAUUUCUGCAUUUUCGGACAGAUACUGACAACAAAAACGUUAUAUGUGCCUGAAACUAACUCAUACAUAAAUCAUAUCCUUGGCCGAACUACUGGUUAGUAAUAAAAUCUCUUCACAGAAAUGAACCAGAAGAAAAGCUCAGAACUAUAGGUGAUGAUUGAGCCUGCUCACAGAAACCUCAUUUUCCGUUUAUAUACCUUUAAACUGCUGUAUGUUAGGAAGUUCCGAGACAUUAAAUUCAAGUUAUUACAAGCCUUAAAGUCAAUGAUAUAUUGUGUUUAUCAUCAGUCUUGGAGCGAACGUUACUUUCAAAUUUAUCUCUAGUCAUAUUUUGACAUUCGGAUCCCAUGAUACUCGGUAACUUUAUGAACCUUACUACAGUCCCUGAAAAUUUUGAUUACUUUAUAAAAGCAGAUGGUAUUAUAUUCUCAAAAGUCUAAAAAAUCAACUCGUUGAAAAUAAAUUUCCCUGGUUUUUUGUUAUUUAGGCAAAAAUAGACCACUUAAACGAAUCUCUCCUCGUUGGCGUAGUACUUUUCCUAUUUCGUUAAGUCAGCUACAAAGGAAACGUGAUGAAUUUUGGGAUACAGCUCCAGCUGCUGAAGGCAGAGUUGAGAUUUGGAAUGCUCUGAAAGUAGUUGCUGAUUUUUUUCAAAAACAAGAUUAUGAUAUGGCUCAAGCGAUUUUAGAUGGAGCAUGUAUUACUCUUCCAUCAGGAACAUUGUAUGACUGCUAUGAUGAACUUGGUGCUCAUUAUCAGCUUCCAUUAUACGUCCUAAGUCAGCCAAGUAAUCUCAUUCCAGAUCCAUCUACUCCUGAUUCACAAAGCUUACACUCUCAACCAAAUAUAUCUGCUGUGCUCAGAAAUUCAAAUACCUACACUUCAGGCUUUAAUAACACAAGAGUUCGUUCUCAUCAACAAUGUGCCGAUAGUAAUAAUGACCCAUCAAGUAACGAUGUGUGUGGGUGUUUGUCAUUGUUCAAUGCAUUUUGUCAUAGAAAUCGCAGGAACAGAGACGGAUCACCUCAUUGGUUACAAUGGAACUUUAAUUCGUGCAGACGUGAUCAUGAUCAAUCAGCAUGUGACAAAAUUGAUCCUACACACCAUAAUUCAUCAUCUCCACCAUCAUCUUGUCUUAAUUUAAGAUUAUCUACUGGUGAACAGUAUACACUAGAAAUCGGUGAUCAAAAUAUCACAGUUUUGGAAGCCAAACGUUUAUUUACUUCACUGUGCGGUUGGCAUGAGCUUAGACAGCGUUGGUUUGUGUGUGGUCGUUCUCUCUCAAAUCGACUUUCGAUUAAAGACUGUCAUAUACCAUUGGGUUUUGUUAUCCAAGUUAUUGUACACUCACCAUUCGAUCCUGAAUGUUUAUGGAAACAAGGGAGUAGAUCUGCAACUAGUUCUGUAGUGGAAGCCAUUAUCUCUUAGUAGUAGUAUUAGUUAGUCAUUCACUUUUCACUACAAAAUAUUGACAAUCUGCAUUUCUAUUCAUUUAAUAAAUUCGUUCUUAGAUGAGUAUUUUACAAUCAUAACAUUGUAUAUAUUAACUCUCAUCAAUCAUUACCUCACUCACUAUUAGACAAAUCAAAUAAUCCUACACAAAGUGACUUUGUUGCUCUGUAAUGUAAUCGUGUCAAUGUCUCAUUAGCUUUUAUGUGGUUCAUAAUUUCAUUUUUGUUUUUUUCUUUACAAUUGUAC